UUCACAAGCACCUUCGUAGUGCAGGGAAUUAGCAACAUAGAAAACAUUUAAUAUACAUACAAAAGACACUGUACUACAUUAAUAAUGGGAAAUGAGAGGUUUGUGAGGUGGUUAAAGGAUGCAAAACCAUAUUUUGGUGUGCUGUUCUUGCAACUAAGCUAUGCAGCCUCCUCCCUCAUCUCUAAAUCAGCACUCAACCAAGGAAUGAACCAUUACAUAUUUGUUGUCUACCGCAACAUCAUCGCCGCCGUCGUCUUCGCUCCUUUCGCUAUGCUCUUCGAAAGGAAAAUAAGGCCAAGAAUGACCAUCAACAUCUUCUUGAAGAUAAUGUUACUGGCCUUGUUGGAGCCAGUUAUCGACCAAAAUUUAUACUACGCAGGGAUGCAAUACACAACAGCAACUUUUGCCACAGCAAUGUGCAAUGUUCUCCCUGCCAUCACCUUUUUGCUAGCUUGGAUUCUCAGGCUUGAAAAUGUGAAGAUUAGGAGUUUUCACAGCCAAGGGAAGAUUGUGGGGACAAUAUUAACCAUCGGAGGUGCGAUGAUAAUGACACUUGUACGAGGACACGUAAUUGGAUUGCCAUGGACGACGAAACACGCGCCGCAAACCCAGUCCACUGAUGCCGCGACUGAGCACGACCACCUCAAGGGCGCAGUCAUGAUCGCCGCAGGCUGUUUUUGUUGGUCCUGCUUUUACAUUCUUCAGGCAAUUACGUUAAAGUCUUAUCCGGCGGGUCUGUCGCUCACAUGCCUAAUAUGCAUGGCUGGGGCGUUACAGAGCACUGUGUUAACUCUAGUGGUUGAGCGUGACAAUUACGCGAUAUGGGCACUACACUGGGACACUACAUUCUUGGCCUAUGUUUACAAUGGAAUAAUUCGUUCUGGAGUUGUUUAUUACAUUUCAGGAAUAAUUAUGAGUGAAAAGGGACCCUUUUUCGUUACUGCAUUUAAUCCACUUAGUAUGAUUAUGGUCGCAAUUGUUGGUUCAUUCAUGUUAGCUGAGCAAUUAGACUUCGGAAAGGUUUUUGGAGCGGUGGUUAUUAUUGUUGGAUUAUACCUAGUGAUAUGGGGUAAAAGUAAAGAUGUGUCAUCUUCAAAAUCAAGCGAGGAUGAUAACAUUGCGUUAUCUAACAAUAAGGAAUCAAUCUUGGCAAAGCCUUCAAAUGAGGAGAGGACAGAUGAUACUAUCAAAAUUAGAACACUUGACGAUGCAGUCUAAUUUUUCACGCAAAGUAAAUAUGUUGUAAAACAAUUUGUUAAGUGCAUUUCUAAUUGAAUUUUGAUCUUCUCGUAACUAAGCAAGCUCUUUAACUCAA